AUGACUGAGUCGAUCGUCUUUGAAACUGACCUUAGUCCCGUUGCCUCCGCCGCUUUGAGCAUCGGCGAGGUGGGAAAAUCUCUCUCCCCCGACCAGAAAUUCACUAUCUUGACCAGAACUGGUCACGGUGGGUUGCAAGACCUUGACGACCUUCCACCAGAGGCCGCCUACAUGAUCACCAAGGUGGAAGAGUUGCCAACCUCCGAGGCUAUGGAGAUUUUGAAGGAAGCCUCCGUCUACCACGACGACGAUGUGAACUUCCCAGCAGGUGUCAUGGAGAAGAUCCAUGCGUUGCUUGAAGCUCACUCUUCUGAUUCCUUCUUGAGUCAGCCAGGACAAACUGGUGAUGUUUCCAAAGGCGAAUACAUAGAAGAAUGGGAGUUGGAAGCCAGAUUGGAAGCUGCGUUGAUCGCCUUCCACUCGCCUUACCCCGAGGUGAGAGCCGUGACCGAUCCGUACGAUGACCCAACUAUCCCUGUUGAAACAUUUAGAGCAUACGUGUUGAUCUUUAUUUGGACGGUUCUCGGAGCUGGUAUCUACGAAUUCUUCCGCCACAGGUUGCCACAAAUAUCUCUUCCAUCUAACGUUAUCCAGAUUUUCUUGUAUCCACUUGGGAAGUUCAUGGCUGCUGUGUUGCCAGAUUGGGGGUUCACCAUUAAGGGUCAACGUUACUCCAUUAAUCCUGGUCCAUACACCUACAAGGAGCAGAUGUUUGCUACUAUCUGCAUUUCUGUUGGUGUAGGUGGUGCUUACGUUUCCUACAACUUGUACGCCCUCAAACUUGAUUUGUUUUACGGUUUCAAGUGGGCCAGCUUCGGGUACCAGCUUUUGUUGAUUUUGAGUACCCAAUUUAUGGGUUUCGGGUUCGCUGGUAUCAUGCGUAAGAUCUGUGUUUACCCUGUUCGCGCCAUGUGGCCAACCAUGUUGCCGACUUUGGCGUUGAACAGAGCGUUGAUGAAAGAAGAGAAGCUUCAAAUCAUUAAUGGCUGGAAGGUUUCCCGCUUCAACUUUUUCUACAUUGUCUUUGGCGGGAUGUUCUUGUACUUCUGGUUACCCGACUAUCUCUUUCAAGCAAUGUCCAUCUUUAACUGGAUGACCUGGAUUGCCCCAAACAACUUCAACUUAGCUGCUAUCACUGGCUCCAAUGUUGGCUUGGGUCUCAAUCCUAUCACUACUUUCGAUUGGAAUUACAUGACUCAGAUCCUUCUUUAUCCCCUUGCCACACCAUGGUACUCCAAUGUUAACCAGUAUAUUGGUUCUAUUAUUGCGCUUUUCUGCAUCGUCGGAGUCUAUUGGUCCAACCACCUCUGGACCGGAUAUCUCCCAAUUAAUACUAAUGGAUUAUAUACCAACACGGGGGAGCCAUUCAAGGUCUCCGAGGUUUUAACGAAUGGCCUCUUUGAUGAAGCGAAGUACCAGGCUUACUCACCACCUUACUAUUCUGCCGCCAAUUUGGUUCUUUACGGUGCAUUUUUCGCUAUCUAUCCGUUUUCGAUUAUUUACACUACCAUGAUUGAAUGGAAAGGGAUGGCUGCUUCCUUUAAGCAAUUAUGGUUUGCUCUUAAGGAUUUCAAGAGGUCCAACUUUGCUGGGUUCAAUGAUCCCCACUGCAGAAUGAUGUCCAAGUACAAGGAAGUCCCAGACUGGUGGUUUCUUCUCGUUUUGGUUUUCUCUCUCGUGAUGGGAAUUCUCUGUGUUAAGUUAUACCCGGCCCAAACUCCAGUUUGGGGUAUUUUCUUCGCCCUUGGUAUCAACUUUGUCUUCUUGAUUCCGUUAGUGUUGAUUUUCGCCGUCACUGGUUUCCAGUUUGGCUUGAACGUGCUCGUGGAGUUGAUUGUCGGAUAUGCCCUUCCAGGUAACGGUGUGGCGUUGAUGACCAUUAAGGCUCUUGGUUACAACAUUGAUGGUCAGGCCGAUAACUAUAUCUCAAAUCAGAAGAUGGCCCAUUACUCCAAUGUUCCACCUAUGGCUCUCUUCAGAGGUCAGAUGUUGGCAACUGUCAUCCAAUGCUUCGUCACGUUGGGUGUUAUGAACUGGUCUCUUUCGAAUAUCAAAGAGCUUUGUACUCUUACUCAAGCCCAAAAGUUCUCUUGUCCUGGUGAUAGAACAUUCUUCUCGGCUUCGGUUCUUUGGGGAGUGAUCGGGCCAAAGCGUGUUUUCGACGGGUUGUAUCCAAUCCUCAAGUGGUGUUUCUUAAUUGGAGCGUUGUUGCCAAUCCCAUGUUACGCCUUCAAGCGGUACGGUCCAAAGUAUAUCACUGCGUCUUUCCAACCAACUUUGAUCAUUGGCGGUUUCUUGAUCUAUGCUCCUACCAACUUGUCUUAUGUCACCCCGGCUUUGAUUGUUGGCUACGUCUUUAUGUACCACAUUAAGAGACGGUACAGUGACUGGUGGGAGAAGUACAACUAUGUAUUGUCUGCUGGCUUGAGUGCGGGUGUUGCGUUUUCCUCGAUCAUCAUCUUCUUUUCGGUUCAGUAUCAUGCUAAGAAUAUUGACUGGUGGGGUAACAAUGUGCCGUUUGCAGGAAUUGACGGUUUUAACGGGCAGCAAUCGCGUCUUAACGCCAGUGCUUUGCCAAAUGGUUACUUUGGGCUUGCUCCAGGCUCCUAUCCUUAG